CCUCCCAGUUCCUCCUCCUCGAUCCAUCUCAACUUAUCAAACACCAUCUCAAGAGAGGGUAGCCAGCCGCCGAUCAAGCAACCAACCAUGAGGACCAGCCAGCUCCUCCUCCUCCUCCUUACCGCCUCCGCCCUCUGCGCCGUGGCCACGCCGGCCGCAGCGGUCGACGGGCCAUGGCAAAAGAUCAAGGACGUCGCCGACCCGCACGUCCAGGAGCUGGGCGCGUGGGCGGCGGCGGCGAUUAACAAGGUGGCCAACUGCGGGGUGAAGUUCAGCAAAGUGGUGGGCGGCGAGGUGCAGAUCGGGGCCGACAAGAACUACUCGCUUGAUGUUGACGCGCAGAGGCCCGGUGCCAAGGACGCCGUUUAUAAAACCAUGGUGUACGAGGAAGACGAGCCGCCAGCUAUACGCGCAAGCUCGUCUUCUUCAACUGUACCCGGACCAUACUGUAAUCGCGUUGUUUUGAUAAUUCCAUUUUCCAUGUUCUAAUAAAAUAUCUCGAGUAUUUUUA